AUGACGAGCAUCCUGCGACGCGCCGUCCCCCGCCCCUGGGCCGCGCCUCGAUCCCCGUCGACGAUCCGGACAUUCUCGAGCGUAAACGCCCUCCCGCCGACAUACGAGCGCCUCUUCAACAAGUACACCCAAGUGCGUCGCGUUCUCGGCCGACAGCGCCUCACGCUCGCCGAGAAGAUUCUCUACAGCCACCUCGACAAUGUACAGGAGUCGCUGCUGCUCAACACAGACAAUGGGCGCAGCGUCCGCGGCAAGGCGAACCUGCGCCUCAAGCCCGACCGCGUCAACAUGCAGGACGCCUCGGCCCAGAUGGCCCUGCUCCAAUUCAUGUCGUGCAAUCUGGCUCGGCCCGCCAUCCCCGCCAGCAUCCACUGCGACCACCUGAUCGUCGGGUCGACCGGCGCCGGGGAUGAUCUGUCGGCCGGCAUCGAGGCGAACAAGGAGGUCUUUGACUUUCUCGAGUCGGCGGCCCGCAAGUACGGCAUGGACUUUUGGCCGCCAGGCGCCGGCAUCAUCCACCAGACUGUCCUGGAGAACUACGCCCUGCCCGGCCUGAUGAUGCUGGGCACCGACAGCCAUAGCCCCAAUGCCGGCGGCCUGUGCACCGUCACCAUUGGCGUGGGCGGCGCCGACGCUGUCGAGGCUCUCGUCGGCGCUCCAUGGGAGCUCAAGGCGCCCAAGGUCCUGGGCGUCGAGCUCACCGGCAAGCUCAGCGACUGGGUUGCCCCCAAGGACCUCAUCCUGCGACUUGUUGGCGAGCUCACGGUCCGCGGCGGCACCGGCUACAUAAUCGAAUACUUUGGCCCCGGCGUCGACACCCUCAGCUUGACCGGCAUGGCCACGUGCAGCAAUAUGGGAGCCGAGGUCGGGGCGACGACGUCGAUAUUCCCCUACACCGAGGCCUCUGCGCGUUACCUCAAGUCCACCCGGCGGUCGCAGGCGGUCGCCAACGUCGAGGCCCUCCAGCGCUUCCCGGGGCCCGGCGCGGCAGAAGACGCCCGGCUCCAGUUCAAGGCCGAUGAGGGCGCCGAGUACGACCGGCUCAUCAAGAUCAACCUCUCGGAGCUGGAGCCGCACAUCAACGGCCCCUUCACCCCGGACCUCGCCACCCCCUUGUCCAAGUUUAAGGACACUGUCAAGGAUCAGCAGUGGCCCGAGAAGCUGUCUGCCGGGCUCAUUGGCAGCUGCACCAACAGCUCCUACGAGGACAUGACGCGCGUCGAGAGCCUGCUCAAGGAGGCGGCCGGCGCCGGCCUUAAGCCUGCCGCCGACUUUUACAUCACUCCCGGCAGCGAGCAGAUCCGCGCCACGCUUGAGCGCGACGGCACGCUCGAGACCUUGGAGGGCGCCGGUGGCGUGCUGCUCUCCAAUGCGUGUGGUCCCUGCAUUGGGCAGUGGAAGCGGCAUGACGGCGUGGGCAAGGGCACUGCCAACGCCAUCCUCACGUCGUACAACCGCAACUUUCGCGGCAGGAAUGACGGCAAUCCCGAGACGAUGAACUUUCUCGCCUCGCCCGAGAUUGUCACCGCCAUGGCUUUUGCCGGCUCCACCACCUUUAACCCCGUGACCGAUGUGUUGAAGACGCCCGAUGGCAAGGACUUCAAGUUCUCCCCGCCCCACGGUCUCGAGGGGCCUCAGACCCCGUUCGAGUCCGGCAUCGAGUCUCUCGGCGUCCUCUCGCAACAAGCCGACGCAAGCGUCAAGGUGGCCAUUUCUCCCACGUCCGACCGCCUAGCUCUCCUGGAACCCUUCCCUCCCUUCCCCGACUCGGACCUUGGCGGCCUGCGCGUGCUCGUCAAGGUGACGGGGAAGUGCACCACCGACACCAUCUCGGCCGCCGGCCCCUGGCUCAAGUACAAGGGCCACCUGGCCAACAUCAGCACAAACACGCUCAACACGGCCGUCAACGCCGAGACAGGCGAAGUCAACGCCGCCUACGACCUCGACGGCAGCCGGCACACCAUCCCCGAGCUCGCCGAGCUGUGGAAGCAGCGCGGCCAGGAAUGGCUCGUCGUCGCCGAGCACAACUACGGCGAGGGCUCGGCCCGCGAGCACGCCGCCCUGCAGCCGCGCUACCUAGGCGCGCGCGUCGUGCUGACCAAGUCGUUUGCGCGCAUCCACGAGACCAACCUCAAGAAGCAGGGCGUCGUGCCGCUGACGUUUGCCGACGAGGCAGACUACGACAAGAUUGUGGCCGGCGACGAGGUGAGCACCGUGGGCCUGUAUCAGAUGCUCCGCGACGGGGGCACGGGCCAGGUCCAGCUCAGGGUGAAGAAGGGCAACGGCGACGAGGUGCUCAUUCCGACCAAGCAUGCAGUCACCAAGGACCAGGCCGGCUUCAUCCUUGCAGGCAGUGCACUGAACUUGCUGUCCAAGGAUGUUUAG